ACAUGUGACAUCAGACUUUGCUUUUUGUGUGGCUGUGAUUCUUAAUAAAUAGUGUUUCAAGUUUCAAUAAAGCGAAUUACUGCAAUGUGACUUCGUUUGUUCCACAAAACUUUAUCAUUUUCAUUUGAGUGUAAUGUUAGAUUAUACCUUAUAGCAUAUUAAAUCCCCCUUUUGAUAAAUGCAAAAUUCUAGUCAAUUAAAUAUAAGACUUUAGUUGGGAUUCCAAGCACUGUUUAAUUAUAUAUACAUACAAAAAUAUAUAUAAGGAAAAUCAUAUCAUCGUCUUAGCAUGUUUAGCAGAAAUUAGUUGUGAAGUUAGGUGAUGAGUGCCAAUGAAACUGCAACUUUGGUAAACACCUGUUGCGAAAACGAAGUACAUGGUGCUUUGUCCAUUACUGGUAGUGAUAUUUCAGCUGAAGACAUUCCUUUAGUUCCUGAAGUUAUUUUCGAAACUACGUUGGAUUCCCCAGGGUUAAGUAGAGAAUCACAGCCACUUCUAGGAGGGCUUGAUGUCUCUUAUAACAGUUUUCCAGAUGAUCCAUCAUUUGCCGAUUUGGUGUGGCAAGCAGAAGUGGCCAUUGAUAAUGGAAUUUUUCCAGAAAGGAUAUCACAAGGUUCUAGUGGAUCUUAUUUUGUGAAAAAUCCUGCAGGGAAAUGUAUUGGAGUUUUCAAGCCAAAGGAUGAGGAGCCAUAUGGCCGUCUCAAUCCUAAAUGGACAAAAUGGAUGCAUAAAUUAUGUUGCCCAUGUUGUUUUGGAAGAUCUUGUCUAAUACCUAAUCAGGGGUACCUUUCAGAGGCCGCGGCUUAUUUAGUCGACGCUAAGCUCAAGCUAGAUAUUGUACCAAAAACUAGGGUUGUUAAGUUAGUUUCGGAGACAUUCAAUUAUCCUAGAUUUGAUCGGCAAAAGGCGAGAAUGAAAAGGGCUAUCAUGGAGCAAUUCCCAAAUGUUGGAUUGAGAUUUAACAGAAUUGGUUUACCCCCUAAGACUGGAUCAUUUCAAUUAUUUGUGGAUGGUUACAAAGAUGCAGACUACUGGCUCAGGAGAUUUGAACAGGAGCCUCUGCCGCCAAAGCUUGCCCAGAGGUUUCAGUUACAGUUUGAGAGAUUGGUGGUUUUAGAUUAUAUUAUACGUAACACUGAUAGAGGAAAUGAUAACUGGCUCAUAAAAUAUGAUUGUCCAACAUUGGCUAAUGGAACUUCUGCCAACACCGUCAGUGCCCAAGUUGAAUUGAUUGAUACCACAGAAUGGAAUUUGGUACAAUUACCUGAAAUCAGCAUUGCUGCUAUAGAUAAUGGUCUUGCCUUCCCUUACAAACACCCUGAUAGUUGGAGAGCCUACCCUUACUAUUGGGCAUGGCUAUCUCAAGCAAAAGUUCCUUUCAGCAAAGAAACUAAAGAUUUGGUGUUACCAUUAUUGUCUGACAUGAACUUUGUGCAGGACCUAUGUGAUGAUUUGUACCUUCUGUUUAAACAAGAUAAAGGAUUCGAUCGAAGUUUAUAUGAAAGACAAAUGUCUGUUAUGAGGGGCCAAAUUUUGAAUUUAACCCAAGCUCUCAAAGAUGGAAAAUCUCCUGUUCAGUUGGUACAAAUGCCUGCUGUGGUUGUUGAGAAGUCUCAGAGUCAGCACACUUCUAGAUUUUUCAACUUCACCCAACGCUUCCAGGAUAAGAGUCCAUUUUUCUCGUGGUGUUGAGCCAACUUUUAUCUGCUCUACAAUUCCUUAUAAUUUUAAAAUAUAAUUUGUGAUCAUAAAAUAACCUUAUAAUUUUAUUGUAUACAGUUGAAAACAAACAAGUUAAUUAAAUGGAUAAUUUAUUUAUUUAA